AGUCUCUCACUCUCUCCAAAGCAUUUAACAUUCACAAUCGUUUCGUUUUAAUAGCAAUGGUGGAUGAUGAAGAUAAAUAUGGGCGCGGCGCAAGUUUUGCCCGCAAAACCAGCCGCCCACAGUUGAUGCGAGCCCUGUCCGACUUUGAAGGCAAAACCAUUCGACGAAGGUAUGUGUGCUUGGGCCUGUUUGUGCUUGUGGGUUUGAUGGCCAGCAUUGUUAUUUACGGAAUCGUGCAUGCCGCGUCCUACGACUCGGACCAUCCGACUAACUCGACAGAGACUCCCGAAGGAGGUCCAUCGUCGCAUAACAACGUGGUCACUAGCGUGGUUCCGGAUAGUGGAGAACCUAGUGGCAAAGAAGAAGGAGGAAAUUCUACCACUGUGGAAGAAACGAUGCAAACUGCAGAAAUAUCAGAUGCAGCGGCGACGCCGCCAGAAGAAAUCACGGAAACAACAACCAAACUUACUACUACACAUUCGACCCAUGAAAGCACCUCCACUAAUGUUACAGUUCUUCAUAAUAAUUUAACUACUUUGACAACUGCACUUUCUUCAUAAUUUAUACUAAUUUUACCAAUAAUUUUAAAAUUUUAUGACGAAAUGAUUAUAAAAUAAUUAUUAUAAAUAAUAUAUCUGUGAUUUUUUUCUGAUUUAUGGAGUUAAUCCUUUUUUUAUGCAGUUGAUGCCGGUGUUAAAUUAUUUUAAAAUAAUUUGCGGUUCAGAACGUUUUAUUUCUUCUUAAUUUAAUAAAUAAAUAUGAAAAAGUAAUGUUCGCAUUGCAUUACGAUCAAAAUCGGAUGAGGAAUAACAGAAAGUCGAAGAAGGGACUGCAGAGUUUUAAACUUAACGAGUUUUACAUAUUCAUGUAAACGCAGUUAACAGGUCGAAAUUAGAGAAAUUUAGCCUUACCUUGUGAUGAGUGGGAUGAGUCAGGCUGUGAGUACAUAAAACUUCAAAAGAUGCAGAAAAUUUCAUCUUUGACGAUCAUCGAGGACGAUUCUGAGUAUAAAUUGUUUUAGAACGUAUUAGUGAAUGAGACUAGUUUUCUGCACACACAAAAAUACACAAGGGUUUACGUGUUCUGAAAGCUAGCCGCGUACAAAAUUGCAAGCAUGGUAAUGCAGCGGCAGCAUGGUUUUAGUUUUCACGUUGGAGUUCGGUCACCACCAAAGCCAAAAAAUACAUACAACAACAACAACAACAACAACAACAACAACAACAACGAGUUCGGUUUGGUGUUUGGUGUUGACACUGUUCAUAAAGGUUGAGGGUAGUGGCGGGUCGCUGCGCCAUCU